ACAUUGGACGCCUCUGAAUUCAAAGGAGAGCCCCUCAGAGACAUUAAACAUGCGGCUCAGCCACGUGAAAAUAAAGGCCGGUUUAAAUUUCUGGUGUUUUGCUCGUUUUUAAAACAUUUUGAAACUAAACUGAUGUUGUACCAGCAUUCAAACUUAGGUAUCUGAUUUAGAUUAAAAUACUAUUGAACCGUCUCGUCUCGGGAGCUGUGGCGGGAGAUUAGCGAGACAGCUCGAAUUUAAUUUAGUAGAUCUGUCAGUUUUAUAUUGUAAACUCAUCAUAAAAAAAAAAUAUUAAUUAAAUAACGUUGCUCUUUUAUUAAAAGGCCUACAAUGUGUUUUUAAAAUCACUGAAGUAAACUGUAGUGUUUCGGCGUGGGAUUCUGCAGUAAAAUCGGGUGGUUGUUUUUUAUAAGGGCAUGUACGUAUCGCAGUACAGAAAUUAGACAAAAAGUAUUUUACAGGGGUAUACAAAAUAAAUAAAUAAAUAAAUAAAUAAAUAAAUAAAUAAAUAAAAAUGAAUCGGCACUUCUUACACUGCCUGGUGCAUCAUGGGAACAAUUCGGUUGCCACGGAGAUAAAAAAAUAAAGUCACAAAAUUAAACUUACAAACCACAAAUGUCACUGGUCCGCCUUUUUUUAAAAAAAAUAUGUAUUAUUUAUUUUUUAAAGCGGGGGGGUUUACAGUUUAUCGCGUCCCGUGUGGUGUUUCUCUCUCUCUCUUUCUCUCUCUCUCUCUCUCUCUCUCUCUCUCUCUCUCUCUCUCUCUCUUUCUCUUUCUCUGCCGUUAUGUUAAGAAAUAACACAAUGGUUGCUUUUGUUAAAAAGGGGUCAUUUUGAAUCAGAAUUGACAAUUGCAACCAGAGAGGGAGGGAGAGAGAGAGAGAAAGAGAGACUGAAUGGCGCUCUGCUCAAUACUGGAGGAACAACACAGAGACAUACGCGCUGUGUUUAAUUAAUGUUUGAUAUCAGAUGCACCGCUACAUUAUUUCUCUCCUCGAUACUUGCUAAAAAAAAACAGGGGCGGAGCUGUUUCAUUUCCUCUGUGAAAAACGAGAGAGGGAAGGAGGGGGGGUCCUGAAUUGUAUAUGAAAAGGCGUCAUUGUAACCCAGCUUGCAAGCUCGCUAGCUCGGGGAGUCUGCAAUACUAAUGCACGGAGACCGGGAGCAAUGCAAUAAUAUAUACGAGCAAAUGUAAUGUAAAGACGAGGGCUACCCUUUGCAGGGGUGCAUUAAAUGCAAUAUUAUUAGUAUUGAUAUGUGCGUGCGCGGUUAUUUAUAUUUCAAAGCGACCGUGCCGUUUGUAAAGGGAAGGCACACACACGACUCCAAAAAUGCUGCAGUUUCGCGUCUCAUCAACCUACACAGGAGUAAUAAUGAGGAUCGGCUGUGAAAUAUGCAGAAUUGCUCAAUGGUUAAUGGAUAUCCAUCCUUACACGAACAACACGGCUGUGAAUAUAUGAGAGACCCGAACAGGCAAUGGGAUGAAAAUGCGACGUCACAGAGUGUUCUUGUUGUGCACGGUGGGUCUGUGUGUCAUCUCCUUCCUGCAUUACUACAAGGCCCUGCACUACGUGUCCCUCCUGCGAGAGCUGUCCGCCCCGUACCCCAACAUCAAGUCCUUCAUCAUGGCGUCGGGGUUCUUCUGGAAGGACGGGGACUCCCCCCUGGCCAGCGUGGAGCCCGAGCAGGCCCCCGAACUCCUGCGCACCCCCCUUUACGACAUCCCGCUGGCUCACCACCUCCACGCCCAGAGAGAGGAGAAUGAGCCAGCGCUGGGGUUCAAGGAAACCAAACCAGUGGAUCCGAUUCCAGUAGAGCGAGGAGACGCCCGGCUUCCACACCCCAAACAGGAGGUCUUAAACCUGGAUCCCAACGCGCAGCCUCCUGUUGUGGACGUCUCUGAGAGGCAGCGGCAGAGAGCAGCCGCCCCCCAUCCGGGUGCUCCGGAGGCGAUCUCCGACCUGCACAGGAGAGCCUUCGUCCUCCGAGACCAGCCAAACACCUACUUCAUCCGCACCAAGGCCGGAGCCCGCUGCUUCCGCCAGGGCACAGAGACGGCAGAGAGAGAGGGGCACAGCCCCGUUGCCAAGCCAGCGCAGCGCCAGCUGCUGUUCAAGGAGGAGGAGCAGGAGGGGGCCACAACGGGCCCCAGGCUCCCGAAAACGAAACGCGGUCGGAGGUUGGUGAGGUGCGUGUGCCGGCCCGGCUGGCACGGUCCGUACUGCGGGGUGCCCACGGUGGUGCAGCACUCGAACCUGCCCACCAAAGACAGGCUCACCCCCAGGGAGAAGCCGCGGCGCACCAUCAACGCCAUCAACGUCAACCACGAGUUCGACCUGCUCCACGUCCGCUUCCACGAGCUGGCGGACGCCGUGGACGUCUUCGUGGUCUGCGAGUCCAACUUCACGGCCUACGGCGACCGCAGGCCUUUGCAUUUCCUGAAGCAGCUUCUGAACGGCACCUACGACUACGUCCGACACAAGAUCCUCUACGUGUUUCUGGACCAUUUCCCCGACGGUGGGCGGCAGGACGGCUGGAUCGCGGACGAUUACCUCCGCACCUUCCUGACGCGCGACAGCGUCCAGCGGAUCCAGGGACUCCGGCCGGACGACGUCUUCAUCAUCAACGACGCUGACGAGAUCCCGGCCUACGAGGGCGUCCUGUUCCUGAAGCUGUUCGACGGGUGGACGGAACCGUUCGCCAUCCACAUGCGCAAGUCCCUGUACGGGUUUUUCUGGAAGCAGCCCGGCUCUCUGGAGGUGGUGUCCGGCUGCACGGUGGCCAUGCUUAGGGCGGUUUACGAGACGGACGGAAUCAAGCUGAGGCGACGGGAGUACUACACAAUGCCGGGCUUCCGCGCCUACGAGAACGAAACGGGGCACAUCCUGGUGCAGUGGUCCCUCGGCAGUCCCGUCCACUUCGCGGGCUGGCACUGCUCCUGGUGUUUCCGGCCCGAAGGGAUCUACUUCAAACUGGUCUCCGCUCAGAACGGAGACUUCCCUCGCUGGGGGGACUACGAGGAGAAGAAAGACCUGAACUACAUUAGGGCCCUGAUCCGUACGGGAGGCUGGUUCGACGGGACGGUGCAGGAGUACCCUCUGGCCGACCCAAAGGAGCACAUGUACGCCCCCAAGUACCUGAUGAGAAAUGCAAAGAAAUAUCAGUACAUGUUGAGAAACCCGUACAGAAGGGAGGGAGGGGGGUGAGGCACGGGGGUGAGGCACGGGGAAGGGACACAAGCCCACCCUUAACAAAAAGAACAAACAGACACUCCCCAGAGAGACGAGAAGUGUCCGGUAGAGGAAUCUGAGGGGGUGGGGUUUACGGGCGACGGCUCUGAGUUUUAAAUUCUUUUGAAGGGUUUAGAACUGCCAGGCGUGUUUGUUUCAAUUCUUGUGAUCUUCUCCGUCAACUUCUGUCAGUUUAUAACUAGACUGAGAAACCACUGAUAGAAAGAGGCCUGUAUGGAGUUUAGAUUCAGAACCAACACAACUUAACUAGUUGAGAAUUACUAAAUAUUACAGCAUGUUAUCAUUCAAAUACCCCAUUCAGAUCAUGGAUUUCGCUUCAAAUAAAAACUGACAGCAGUCUGUCUUCGUGAAACUGAAACCACAAACUCAGUCCGUUUUUAUCUGCUGCUUCUAUGAGCAAGGAGUCCUGGAAAUUCAGGUAGUCCCUCGACAUGACCAGAGAUAGUAGGCUGAAAUCAAACGAAAGAGGUGGAGUUGACUACUCCUGUUAUAUCUCUGAAGUAGUUGCUGGAAUCGACAUCACCACAGUGCUGAGGGUAGCGAGAGAAAUGAAGGAACCGUUUUUUUCAACAGCUUGCUCUCUCCUCAAUUCUAGACGCGGAACGGUACGCGGAUCCAAUUCAAAGUCCCUUAUCACAGAUGUCUCCAAACUCCAGGCCUGUGCGAAAUGAUCAGCACACAGCAGCUUCAGCCCUCGACAGUCGUCCUGGGAUCUUUAGAUAACGUUGGGUAGCAGGAGUCUCCAUCGGAGAAGCUCACAGUCAAUAUUGAAACAACGAUACACUUUGGAACUUUGUCCGGUGGAGUUGAGCAACUCUGGUAAAGGGCAGUCCAAAACAAACAGCUUGCAUCAGUUAAGAGGUGAAGGGAUCGCAGAUUUUGAAGUUGCUUCUCAAUGGAUUUAGUUGACUUCUGGUUUGCUUGUAUAGACACAGGAAGUUGAUUGCCACACCCCCCUUAACUUUUUCUCUCCUGGAUUUAAUGGGUAUCCCACAAUCAGAUUCUGUUGAAAAUUACCUUCCGUUGGCCCAUUUUGAACUUCCUGUGGAAGCAGGCACUGUUGACAUGCCAGUUUGUGUACGUCGACCAGAAGCAUUGUUAAGGGGUGAUUUCAGCGGCAUGACUUGUUUUCCUUGACAACGUGGGCUUUUCACAAGAUCUGAAUUCACUUUAGAAAAUGAAGAGACGGUCUCCGACGAAAGGGAAAAUUAAAUUAAUUUCCUUGUCGUGUUUUUAAUUUUCUGUUUCAUACUCUGAGUGCUUCUCUACUGAUGAUUCUGUUUAGAUUUGCUGGUCGUUCUCAGUCCAGUGAAAAUGCUUCAGUGCUGAAUGAUCUUCAGCGUACAGCUGU